ACUCAUGAAGUCCUUACUUGAGGUUGUUGAACAGUGCGACAGUUUCCCUUAUGAAAUAGACGCCUCUAGCAAGCUUGAUAUUCAUCAUGCUGUGCCAAUUUACCUGGGAUCUCAAAAGAUAGGAAAUGUUUUACCCGAUGUGAUGAAGGCCUUAAAAGAAUACAACCAUAGUCAAAAUGAUCAUAAGCCUUUUGAGAUCACCGAAACACUCAUCCGUUUUGCUUCAUGGGUUGAUACGGUUCAGAAGAGAACUAAAGUGGUCGAGACACUUAUGAAUACUUGGAGAGCGGAUAAGACAUUUGAUGCAUUAUCUGGCUGGAGAAAUGAACUGUAUCCUGUUUAUGGAGAUUCAGAACAAGCUGAUAAUGUUGCUUUUGUUAUGGAGCGUGCAGCAACUCCAUUGUUUGGCAUCUCGACAUUUGGCGUACAUUUAAAUGCUUAUACACGCGAUAAGGAUGGAAAUAUCUGUAUGUGGGUGGCUAGAAGAUCAAAGACGAAGCAGACAUGGCCAGGCCUAUUAGACAAUUGUGUUGCUGGUGGCAUUUCUUAUACGUAUUCAGUGAAAGACACAAUUAUCAAAGAAUGCGAUGAAGAAGCUAGUAUUCCUCUUGAUAUUGCUUCCAAGGCUAAAAGUGUGAAUGUAAUCACUUAUUACACUUAUACUUCCAAUGGAUUACAGCCUGAGACACAGUAUAUUUUUGAUUUAGAAUUGCCUCAAGACUUCACACCCACUCCAUGCGAUGGAGAAGUCGACUGUUUUUAUCUUUGGCGACUUGAUAAAGUGAGAGAGACUAUUUUGAACAACGAAUGGAAGACGAACUGUGGUUUAGUGGCUAUCGACUUUAUGAUGCGACAUGCAUUUAUUACUCCUGAUGAAGAACCUAACUAUAUUGACAUAUCCUAUCGUCUUCAUAGAAGACUAGAAUUCCCUACACCAAGAAAAGGACAUCAUGCUUGAAUAUUUACACACAUA